GGAGCUUAUUAACUGGAGUUUUAAACUCUUUUGGGCGAGGGAGGAGCGAGGAAUAGAUUCGGCAUGGGGAGCGCGCGGCGGCCCAAGAAUCCCAUCCAGGCGCUCGUCUGGAGGAUCCAGCGCCAGAAUCCCCGCGUCAAGGCCGCGCUCCUGGCGCUGGCGGCAGUGAUUGGGAUCGUCUUCCUCAGGUAUGUCGUCAAGGAUCACGACACCCUCUUCGUCGCCUCCGAGUGCGUCCACGCCCUGGGGAUCGUCAUUCUCAUCUACAAGCUCCAGAAGGAGAAGAAUUGCGCCGGUGUGUCUUUGCGAUCGCAGGAGCUUACAGCGAUUUUUCUUCUCGUCCGGCUCUACUGCUCCACUUUCAUGGAGCAAAACAUCCACACUUUCCUCGACACGGCCACGCUCCUCGUCACGGCCUGGGUGAUUUAUAUGAUCCGGACCAAUCUCAAGGCAACUUAUGUCCAGGAACUCGAUAACAUGCCACUCUACUAUGUGCUGGCUCCAUGCGCAGUGCUCGCUAUCCUGGUUCAUCCUCUCAUCCGGUACCACCUUAUCAACAGAGUUUUGUGGGCGUUUUGUGUGUAUUUGGAGGCCGUCUCCGUGCUGCCUCAGCUUCGGGUGAUGCAAAAGGCUAAGCUUAUAGAACCCUUUACUGCGCUCUACGUUUUCGCCCUUGGGGUUGCAAGAUUUAUCAACUGUGCGCAUUGGCUGCUCCAGCUGAUAGAUGGACGUGGCUACCUCUUCUACACGCUGGGAACGCAGCUCAAACACCGGAGCUUGAUUCCUUAUGGCUUGUGGCCUGCCAUGGUUGUGGUCGCCGAGAUUGUCCAGACAUUCAUCCUUGCCGAUUUCUGCUACUACUACGUAAAGAGUGUGGCGGAGGGCCAGAUGAUGAUCCGGUUGCCUUCAAGUGUCUAGAAUUUCAUUUGGUUGUACAAGUCUUUUCUCCUCCUUUAAACUUUCUUAAGUUAACUUAAAAUGGCCGAUUAAAAGAGUA